AGAGAGAAAGAAAGAAAUGUUUGUUACUGUUUUGAAACGGUUAUAUAGAUUUCUUUUUUAAUAAAAAAAUUAAAAAAUAAAAAUUGUUUCCAAGCACCAAACAUGCUUCUUUUCUUUCCCUCCAUUUUUUUUCUCUCUCUAUAAUAAAUCCUCUCUUUUCUCUCAUUUCUGCCCCCGCAAAAACCGCUUCUCUCUCUGCGGAAAUAUAUCUUUGAGAAGAAUCUUCUCUGUUACUGUUUCUCAGAAAUGCAAAACGACGUUGCAUCCUCCGCCGCUAACGACGACCAUACCGUCAUUUCAAAAUCACGAGACUAUCUCGAUUUUACCUCCGUCUUCCGUCCAAAAGCAUCCCUCUCUUGCACGCCAUACAUGGACUCUCGCUACGUGAUGCAACACCAGGACCUAAUAAACCGCAACGCACUUUGUCUCACGCGCCUUCGCGAAGCUGCAACAGAAGUUGAGUCUCUGCGCUUGGAAAAUGCAGCUCUCCGAUCCUUUAACCGCGAGCUCAACAACCACUUGAACUUGGUCUUUCAAACCUCAUCAUCUCUCCAGGAACACUAUCAUCCUCUUUCGUCCACCACAGCACCGUUUCAGAUCUUGAAUAACGGUUUUAACCAUUUCUGCAACAUUGGCUAUGGCAAUGCCGGAGAAGAAGAAGAAGAAGAAGAAGUGUGCGAAGAAGAAGACGAGAGUCCUACAAGCGUUAUGCAGGUCCAGAAUGUGGAUACUACGACGCCGUCCGAGAGGAUAACGUUGCCGAAGAGUAUUUCUGUGAGGUCUGAUGGUUACUUGAAGACGAGUCAACCUACUGCUAGUAAGACUCGCGGCACCACUCGUUCAAAACCCCAGAGUCAACUCGAUGGAGCGCACAAGGUCUAUGUGCGUGGAGGGCAGAAGGAGGAGGAGCCACUAGAGGUCGAAGUGUAUAAUCAAGGAAUGUUCAAGACAGAAUUGUGCAACAAAUGGCAGGAGACAGGAACAUGUCCAUAUGGUGAUAAUUGCCAAUUUGCUCAUGGCAUUGAGGAGCUCCGUCCAGUUAUCCGUCAUCCUCGCUACAAGACUGAGGUUUGUAGAAUGGUACUUGCUGGUGAUGCCUGUCCUUACGGCCAUCGCUGCCACUUCCGUCAUGUCCUCACUGACCACGAAAGGUAUAUUGCUCAAUCCAAGCUCCAGAGGUAAAAUAUAUAAAUAUACGAAUGCCAGUGCUGAUCAGAGAAAGAACUGCAACUGCGGACUAAUGUAGAGAGAUGGAUAUCAAUUUUUAUAAUCCUCAAAACAUAUUGGUAAUAAUAAUAAUAAUAAUAAUAAUAAAUAACUACAAUAAUAAUAAUCUAGUCAAGUAUAAAUAUAUAAAUGGUAGACGCAUAUAGUAAUAUAUGAUGAUGUGUAAAAAGAAUUUGGGAGAAUUUUUGUGGAGUUCUACAAGAUGGAGAUUGGAAUUGGGUUUUAGUUAGAGAGAUUUAUUAAUUAGUUGUUCAAUUUUUAUUAUUUUGUGUUCCACUUUUAUUUCUUAUAUAGCGGAUCAUCAUUAAUAGUUAGUUAUACAAGUAAUGUUUUCGUGAUUGGAAACCAAGCAACCCAAGUUAAAAGAAACCAAGUGUAAUCAUGAUGUUUUUGAUCUGUCGUAGCAAAGCAAUAUAUAUCUUCUGAUUCGAGUUAUCAUUCAUGUAGCAGCCGUAACUGGAAUUCUUUGAUUGGUUUAACGAUUUCAUGUUGUAUAUGCUAUUUACUGUUUCACAAUUUCUAUGGUGAUGUCUUUUUGUGUUAUAUAUUGUACUAAUACUUCUGCAUGCUUAUCAGAAUUAGGAUUCCAAGGAAUAGAAAAAUUUGAGUUUAUUUUUGUGAGGGAGAUGGUAAUUCAAAUUUUGUGGUGCAAUUCAAUAUUGGUGAAGAUAGUCGGUCAGUAACAUUGAAAUUACAGAACGCGUAAUAUAUGGUAAUUGUGAUGUGCAAAUACAUUGAAACACCCUUA